AUGGACAAGUGUUGGUUUGUUCUAUCUCAGACUCAUUAUCUCCCUCCCCAAGAAAGUGACGAAAAUGGAGCAUUCAAACAGACAGGGCCUCUCUGUCUGGGCCACUUCAUCAAGAACCUCAACAACCUCGACCAGGUGAUCAACACAAAAGGCCCUGAGCCAUUCCCACUCGACAUGCCUGUUAAUCGCACAGGUCCGAUUGAAUUCGAGUGGGAAUCGACUAAAGAAGGUGGUUUUGAAGCAACAACAACAGCAGAUGUACCCAUCGCUGCAGCGCCCGGCAUCAACGCCAAGGCUUCGCUGGGCUUCGCCCUCAAGAAAACCGUUGGCAACCAUUGGCAGAUUGAACAACUCGAAACUCUCACUGUUGAGCCCACGAGAGCAUACGUCAAUCGCUCCCUAGCGAGGGACCAGACAGCCGAGUUCUUGCAAGACAACAAGUUUGGACCAACAUGGUCAAUUUUCAUCAUCACCGGGCUCAAGAUUGUUCGCGGCAACUCUACCCAGAAAACCACUCACGAAAGAGAGAAGGGUAUCAAUGGAGGUCCGGGAGUUGGCAUCGCCGGCGUCGCUGAGAUCUCUGUCGAUAGUGGUUUCUCUUCAACGACGUCUACAUCAACAGCUGCAAAGCACACGCACGACUUUGUCUGGGCAGUGAGGCUCUCCAAGAUUACGAAAGGGCUUUUUGACAAGAAGUGGUCCAAGAAGACUUACUCUAGAGGUGCGACCUUCAACAUGAAAGACAGCGGGACAGACAUUGAGAGCAUGCUCUUCGAGGAAGGAUUGACGACCACUCAGCUGUUGACUGUAGAGGCCGACGAAACUGGCCCAGAGCAUUUUGUGGUUCCAGUGGAUACUACAUCGUUUAGCGAGUUAAAUUAG